AUGGCUUCCAAUAUGGGCUUUUUGCCCACAAUCAAAUGCUCCAAUUGUGGCACCAAUGUCGAGAUAAUGGCCAUGGGGGAUCAUACCUGUGUUCCCAAUGAUUAUGUCCCCGUGGCACCGAUGCCAUCGCCGCCUCCAUCGGCGGGGUUAGAAUCGCCAGACCGACUCACUACCGCAAUGGCAACAAAGAUCCCUCGCGGAGGGCCUCCCUCCCGGAUUGAUCCAUCCGUCGCAAAUCAAGCAUACCUACAGCCCAACAUGCCCACACCAGCGAGCAGUGUAGCCCCGUCGCCUUCCAUCAAUUCGGCGCCUCGAUCUCCGCUGCACGCACCUCAGGACGUGACUGACAAUGACUCUGAUAUGGACAAUGUCUUCUCCUUCCCCAUGCCUGGGAAUAGGUCCCCGACACAAGUCAGAACACCAAGCCCAAAGACUGACGCGAUGGCGAAAUCAUUACCUCCAGUCCCGUCCUCCGGGUUUGGAUUCGGUCUCAAACCGGAGAAUAUUCAACUCCCAGCCAGUCCAAUGCCCCCAAAGUCUCCAGAUGUCAACCACUACAGAGGCGACUCAACACUCAGUCACAGCAGCUAUCGGUCUUCCUUCGCCAGCAGUCGCUAUGGGGAUUCGACGGCGAGGUCGUCAAGCAACGGCUCUUCUCGCGGCACACGAUCAUUCGGGGAUGAAGCACCACCUGUUCCAAUAGCACCUCUUCGCACGCCUAGCAAAACUUCUUUUCCUCGUGACUCGAACCUCUCCGUGGUCUCGUCUCAGAUUAGCGAGGAGGAAGCCAGUGGAUUCGAUUUUGGUCUUCCCACAGGCCCCAACCCGGCGACUGGAUUACACGAUCUCCCGGAGGAGUCACCAUCAGCUGAAUAUGAAAACAACAAUGAAUACCCUGCUUUCCAACCCUCUACACAAACUCAUCUCCAUCCCGCAGCGGCAGCAGAACCCAGCAACGACGCACCAAGGAAGAACUCUGAUGCCAGUACGACCAGUGCAUUGUCGGUGACAAGCUUCGCCCGUGCACUUGGACUUGAGGACCAAAUGAACAAGCCCGAAAGCUCCGUCUGUUCGGACUCCUCGCCAUCUGAUGCACGAAGUGGGAGCUCCAUGUCCAGUCUCCCCUCCGAUGUUAGCUUGACCCGGCACAAAACCUCCGACCCGCUCAACCUAGGCGUUCUCGUCGAGGAACUUCCCGCACGCACCAGACAGACGAUACUGGAAAUGCCCGGCCGCGUACGAAGUACCAUGGAAGAUGUGGAAAGCGUCCCACCUAUCCCAGCAGCAUUUUUCAGUCCGGAUUCCCCAACCGACCCUGCAAUUAACCAAGGUGGCCUAUCCCUGAUCGCAGAUCGAAAGGACCAAGCCCCCAUCCCAACACCAUCCCAACUAAAAGAACCUACUCCUCCACCACAAAAGCCUCAAGAACCUCCAGCGCCUACAGCACCUCCAGCACCUCAACGCUCAUUCACCGCACCAAACCCUCAAAUCCCCCCAACACCUCAAACUCCCCAAACACCAUCACGCUCCGGCACACGCUCAAAAGGCAAAUGCAAAGGCUGUAACGAGACCAUCACAGGAAAAUCAAUAUCUUCCUCCGACGGCCGUCUAACAGGCCGCUACCACCGCGGUUGUUUCGUGUGUUUCGAAUGCCACUCGCCCUUCCAAACAGCCGACUUCUAUGUCCUGAACAACCGGCCCUUCUGCGCACAGCAUUACCACGAACGUAACGGUUCCCUCUGUGCAGGAUGCCACACCGGAAUUGAAGGCCACUACCUGGAGACCGUCGAGCGGAAUCCGGCGCGUGCAGACCGCCGCCGCUUCCACACGGAGUGUUUACAAUGUCGCACAUGUCAUAUUCUUCUCAAGGGCGACUACUUCGAGUGGAACGGUGAAGUCUUCUGUGAGCGUGAUGCUCGUCGUGCUGCUGCCGCUUCCCAUCCUCCUCCGGGUCCUGGUCGUCGUAGACCAACACUCGGUUCCUCUCCGCUCGCUCAAUCAGGCCAAUUCCCUCCAGGUCCUUAUCCACCCGGUCCUGGCCACGGGCCAGGUCUGAGGCCUGGUCCACGGUUCCCGCCUGGCGGUGGGGGUCGAUUCCCCGAGCGACGGACUACUAAACUAAUGAUGGUCUGA